CACACUUUGAGCUAAAACUAAUGCAUAUCAUUACAUUUCCCCAUAGAAAGGAACCUACUAAGUGCUACUGAAUUGUACUUGUGUGAUGUUUCUUAUGAAGGAUCCGCGAUGCAAUGAUCGUUGUUUACAGCAGGUGGAUAUGACGUCACGGACUUGGAACAUCAAAACAACAACAUCCAAAUCCGCGAUGCUUGCUUCUUUUCUUUUUUUUCCUCCUUCUUUGCUCGGCGUGUUAAAAAAAAUCUGAUAUGAACAUUAAGAAUCAGAGGAGCUAGUGCCUUUUCUGUGCACGAGGCAGAGGGAAACGAGUCGGCGAGUGUGAAACUCCACAUUUUGUUGCUCUUCUUCGACGCCCUCGAGUCCCCCUGGAUAUUGAGCGAGAGUGUUCUCAAGCUGCCGGCUCUGCCACGGUGAAGUCACACUGAUGUGGUUUUCGCGAGCUAUUCGUGGAAGGUGGUGACGGUAUCUUCCCCGACUCCUGAUGAUUCAGUUGACCUGAGACUCUGGAGUGCUCCUGCCCUCAAGACUGUGAGCUGGAUUCUGAUUGGAGGAAUGGAGUGCCAGUCUGUCCUGCAUAAGUGAUCGGCGAGGAGACUCCAGUGGUGACGUCCUGUGGAGCCACAGAUCAAAGGCGAGGAGGCUGUCCUACCACCGCCGCUGGAACUGAAGAUUGCUUUAAAUAAGCAAGUCCUCGCAGAAGGUUUCUCAAGCCAUGAUGCAAGAAUCUGGGACGGAGGCGACGAGCAACGGACUAGCCAAUCAGAAUGGAGGAGCGAGCGUGGAGGGUGGGGCUAACAGUGCCACGCCGUCAGUGGAGGUGACUGCCGCUGACCUCCUGCAUCUCCAACAGCACCAGGCUCUCCAAGUGGCUCGGCAGAUACUCCUCCAGCAGCAUCAACAACAACAGCAACAACAACAGCAACAACAACAACAACUGCACCAAAUCUCUGGCCGCAAAUCCCCCAAAGCCAACGACAAGCAGCAGAGCCUUCAGGUUCCAGUUUCAGUGGCUAUGAUGACACCCCAGGUAAUAACUCCUCAGCAGAUGCAGCAGAUCCUUCAGCAGCAGGUCCUGAGCCCUCAGCAGCUCCAGGUUCUCCUCCAGCAGCAGCAGGCCCUCAUGUUACAGCAGCAGCAACUCCAAGAGUUCUACAAGAAGCAGCAGGAACAGCUCCACCUCCAGCUCUUACAGCAGCAGCAGCAGCAGCAGCAGCAGCAGCAGCAUGCGGGCAGCAAGCAGAAUAAAGAGCAGCAGGUGUCCGCCCAGCAGCUGGCCUUCCAGCAGCAGCUCCUGCAGGUCCAGCAGGUCCAGCAGCAGCACCUGCUCAACCUCCAGAGGCAGGGGCUGCUCACCAUCCAGCCCGGGCAGACCGGCCUGCCGCUGCACUCCCUCACUCAGGGCAUGAUUCCAGCAGAGCUCCAGCAGCUGUGGAAGGAGGUUACAAACGCUCACGUGAAGGAGGAGCACAACAACAGCCACAACAACAACAACGGCCACCGGGGUCUCGACCUGUCCUCCCCGGCGCCGCCAAAGAACACCCACCUCAACCAUCACGCCUCCUCCAACGGGCAGUACAUGAGUCACAAGAGAGAAGCAUCCACGCAUGAAGACCAUUCCCACCACAGCCACCCUCUCUACGGUCAUGGAGUCUGCAAAUGGCCUGGAUGUGAGGCGGUGUUCGACGAUUUCUAUUCAUUCCUAAAGCAUCUUAACAAUGAGCACGCCCUGGACGACAGGAGCACGGCCCAGUGCCGGGUGCAGAUGCAGGUCGUACAACAGCUGGAGCUGCAGCUAGCGAAAGACAAAGAGCGUCUGCAAGCGAUGAUGACGCACCUUCACGUCAAGUCCACGGAGCCCAAAAACACCCCACAGCCGCUCAACUUGGUGUCCAACGUCACACUGUCCAAGUCGGCCCACUCAGCCUCGCCCCCCCUCAGCCUGCCCCAGACCCCCACCACCCCCACGGCCCCCCUCACGCCGCUGUCCCAGACCCACUCCGUCAUCACCGCCAACAGCCUCCACAGCGUGGGCCCCAUGCGGCGGCGCUACUCAGACAAAUACAACAUGCCCAUCUCUCCAGAUCUCAGUCAGAACAAAGAGUUUUACAUGAAUGCAGAGGUUCGACCGCCGUUCACGUACGCUUCGCUAAUAAGACAGGCAAUCCUCGAAUCUCCAGAAAAGCAGCUAACACUAAACGAAGUCUACAACUGGUUCACGCGAAUGUUUGCAUAUUUUAGACGCAACGCGGCGACGUGGAAGAACGCAGUCCGGCAUAAUCUUAGUCUUCACAAGUGUUUUGUGCGAGUAGAAAACGUAAAAGGGGCUGUGUGGACAGUCGACGAACUAGAGUUCCAAAAGAGACGGCCUCAAAAGAUCAGUGGAAGUCCCAACUUAGUGAAGAACAUUCAGACCAGCCUGGGCUACGGUCCCACCCUCUCUGCUGCCUUCCAGGCUUCAAUGGCAGAGAACAACAUACCUCUAUACACUACUGCUUCCAUUGGGAGUCCCACCCUCCACUCGCUGGCGCACGCCUUCCGCGAGGAGAUGAACGGGGCGAUGGACCAUGGAAACAGCAACGGCAGCGACAGCAGCCCGGGACGCUCGCCCCUGCCAGCUAUGCAUCACAUUAAGGAGGAACCACUGGACCCCGAAGACCACGAAGGGCCCCUCUCCCUGGUAACGACCGCCAAUCACAGUCCGGAUUUCGAUCACCAUAGAGACUACGACGACGACCAGGGCCACGACGACAUGCUGUAAGGCUAGCAGGGGCCCCACCUCCCACCACCCCCCCGACCCUCCAUCCUCCCCGGGGCCUCAGAGGCAGUCUGGGUAAUCUGGGAGACAGAAAAAAACGCUCGGCAGAUAACAAACACUGAACUGCAGUCUCAGCGCUCAAAUGUCUCCCAGUUCACUUUUUUAGUGCCAUUACAAAACACACACACUUUUCUUUCCUGAUUUCUUUCUACUUCUGAUUUAAGUAAAGCUUAAAAAGUGAAACUUCAUUUCUACUCCUGUGUGGGAUGGACUCCUUUGGUACGGGGGCGAUGCGUUCAGGGUCAGAGACCUUUAUUCGCCACGCAGCCAGGACGGACUGCACUCAGCGGACUGCAAGAGGGGGUCGUCUCCCCCCUUUUCUCUCUCCCUCUCUCACACAUCUGACCACAGACUCACAGAGAGAGAGAGUGACUGACGUUUAAUUUACACCGUGUGUGUGUAAACGACUUGUGUUCAUUGUCACUGCCUUCAACACUUCUCAUCGCUUUGAUUCCAUCGGGUGGGUUUUUAUUCGGGUGUUUUUGUUGUUUUUAUUGUCGGGGAGGGGUAAGAUGUUCUAAAAUAUCAACAUGAUGUGUCUUUUUCCAUUUUCAAUGUUCCUUUUUCUUUAAACUGAUCAGACCUCAUGCCCAUGCUGUGGAGAUUGUGUGUGGUCAGCACUUGAUGAUGAAUGUUUGUGAUUUUUUCUCUUCUUUAAAUACACACACAUGAAGCCGAAUGUCACGUACCGAGUAGUGUUUUUCUGUCAUUUAUUCCACGAAUCUUCAAAAAAAAGAAAAAGGGGAAAGAAAACUCUGAUGUGUAGCCCGCCCCUCCCCCCACCUGCUCAUGAAGUCCAUUGGCAAUGCACUACUCGUAAUGAAGGCUCUCUCCACGCAUCAAUGAAGUUUAAUUUAAGAUGCGAAUGAAUGACAGAGAAAUCAUGCAGGUUAUGAUUUAUCCUUAUGGAAUUACACUUUAAAACAGCCCCUCACGGCAGAGCGUGUCGAGCCGCAACACCAUUUCUGAUCACUUACUAGUUUUUCUUUUUUUUUAUACAAAGCAGGAUGGAAAUGUCAGGUGUGCGCCGGAGAGAUAAUGAUUUAGACCAACUAAUUGUGAUUCCUGAACACAACCUGCCAUUGUUAAUCAGACGUGUCUUCAGACGCUGUAAUUCCAUUCAGUGCUUGAUGAUAAACGUGCAUUCCCUGUAGUUUUAUUUGUAUCCCGCGCAUGACCAGUUUCAGUGAGGAUGAAAUAUUCAUUUUUUAUCAAAUGUAGAAUUUCCAAGACUUGCAAUAAGACCCAAACGUCGCACAUUCCAGCAUUUUGACAGCUAUCGUAAAGGGCCCAAACAUACAGUACAUGCCAUUUAUUUUAAAUGUGGAUACUCUGAUGUUCAAUGUCACCCAAAAAUAGUUGUAAUCCGCAGCAUUGAAUCAAUUCCUCAUUGUGAUGCAGCGAUUUCAGCUUAGGUAGAUCUCUACUAGACCAUGAAUUUCAAGACUGCAAUCAACCACUUUUUAUUUAUUAUUAUAAUUUUUCUUUGGCUUAUUUUUUCUUUCUGUUGAUGUGUUUAAUAUCUUGUUCUGUGACUACCAAAGAUAAACUACAAAGUCAAUGUUGUGUGUUCCAUGCAAUAUCAGAUAAGGCCAAAUAUCUCUCCUCUAGAAAGAAUCAAUGAGGGGGGGGGGGGGAUGCUCUUCAAACUGGUGUUUCAUUCAUUUAUUAUUAAAAACCAAAGGGGUGUGAAGAAGAGGGACGGCUGCAGUAAUGUUUGCAGUGACCAAAACGGAGCGGGGCGAUGACCAAAUUAGGAAAACGUUAGUCUUUUUGGGGCCAGUAAGAGGAAAAAGGGAGCGUUUCGGUGAGGAGAUUUGAACAUAAAGGGUAAAAUCGACGAGGAAAAAUAAACCGGUAAAUGGAAAAAGCUUUGCUAGGGAACAAUGUGAAACAGAUACUUCAACUGGACCAUGCUAUGAUUCUCUUUUCUUCAUUUUGUAUCCUUUGAAAUGAUUGUAAGCCACUUUUUCGGGGGGUUUUAAGCAUCUUUUUGGCUAUGAUUGUGUUCAGUUUCUUAUUACUUUUUUUAUAUUAAAAAAAAAAAACACUCCUGUCAACUAAUAAGCUGGGUACAAGGUACUUUAUGGCAGUUUUUAUUGUUAUUAUUUCACCGCUUAUUAAGUAAAAAACAAAAAAAAGGGCAAUCUGUGGUUUCCAGAAGUAUUUAAUAUCCAGGCAGCUGUGGGACGGGUCAGUUUCAGCUCGGACCGUGAGAACAGCCGAGCUCAUCCACAAACCGCCCCCCCCCCCCCCCCCCAACCGCCCCGUUCAUCUGGCUGCGUGUUUGGGAUCGAAAAAGGAGAAGAAGCGCUGGUAGAUUCUCAGCAUGCAUAGCUUGACGUUACUAAAGAUAACAGCAUGAGAAAAAAAACAUUUGUACGCAUACCUCAGUUCAAACCUAUAGGGAAUGAUUCAAUUAAAUGAGGGGAAAUAAAUAAACAUUUCACUCAGUUGCACUUAGUUGUAUGUCUUGCAUGUGUAGUCUGAUACUGUAGAGAGAAAACUACAAAAAAAAUGAAAUUAGAGUUUGUUUAUCAAAGGUUUCAUCCUUUUUUCAUUAUCAUUUUUUGCCAAACCAAUCCAAACCUCAGGCCUUUUGUUCAUCCUCCUGUCACUGUCCUCCGCUGUAAUGAUGGGUUGUUUUAAGGGCGUUCCAAUAUUCGGUUGUACAUACAUGUCGGUAAAGUCUCUGUCUUUUUUCUUUUUUUUUUAAGAUCAAAAGAUUUGUGUUAUUGCUUUAUCGCGACUGCUUUGUAUUAACUAUGAAAUAGCUAUGAGAAAAAAAACUGCUGUAUGUAUUGGAAUAGCAAAACUGUGCUGCAAAUGUAUUUUACUUAGUAAUCCUUGCUUUAAAAAAAAAAAGAAAAGAAAAAAAAAAGAAUCAUCCAUGCAGACAUCUGGGCAGGCCGGGGGGGAGAUUAUCCCCCAUUUUGGAUUUUAAAACUGUAAUAUAGAAAAAACAGACUUUUCUCUGUUAUCAUUGACCUAAGCAUUUUGUACAGAUUUUUCCCUCUUUGUGUUAAAGCUGUUUUUUGAUACUUCCUUUUGAUGGUCCAACCACUGCCUUCUGUGGCUGUAUGUUAGAGAUUACCGCUCUGAGAAAAAGGGCACACAGGUAUAUUUCCUCUACGAGACGGAGAUAUCUUGCAUGACUAAUCCCAGGGUCACAGAGAAGGGGGAGGGGGGGGGAAAUAUGUUUUAAGUGGUCAGUAAUAAUAUAAGGGUGUAACAAUCUAAUGAUAUUUUAUAUGAAAUGAAUAGGAAAAAGUAAAAAAAAAAUAUGCAGUGCCAAGAUGUAAAGAAUAUUGUUAAAUGCUUUUUUGUUUCGUUCAUUUCACGCACGCAUCAAAGAUGUGUCCUUCUCAUCCAUGUCAUGUAGGUAUUUUGUUCGGCAUCAAGAUAUUUAUAUUUUUAUCUCAAAGGGUCAUUGUAAAUGAGUCAAACCAAGCACAGCGGACAGGUCAAAGGUCAGACGCCCUGCAAACUGCGGCCGUGUGGCAUCAGAUCCCCGACAUCACACGCUGGCAAAAAAAAAAAAAACGCCAUUGUUUCAUCCUUCACCAACCAUCCAGCCCGCUGUCAUCGUCCCCCUCUCUCACACACUCUCUCCAGAAAGAGGGGGAGGGAGGAUGAAGGGGGGGGGGGGGGCAGGAGCUGUCACGGUGCUCUCAUCCCGCAGCAGCUUUUCUAUCUCUUACUUUCUGUUUUUCCUUUGAAGAUGUACUCUGUAGUUUAUUUUAUUUUCUUUCUUUUUUUUAUAGAGAAAUAUUAUUGCUCAUCACUUUCCAUCAGUCUGUAACCUCCUCAUCAUUCCUCGUCUGUCUGAUGCAGACCACUCUGUUGUAGUCAGUGGCGAUGACUGACGUGAGCAUUCUAAACAUGCAAUAAAAUGCUGGUUGUUCAGAU